CAUCUUGAUAAUGACACAACUAUACGUUUUUGUGGGAGCAAUCAAGAAAAUCUCUCAAUGGAAAGUCCGGCUGAUAACUAUGGACCAAAUGUUGUGAAAUCAUCAAACUCCUCUAACAAUGAAAUACGUAAUGGUGAUGGCCAAAGUAAAGAUCCACAAAACGGAGUGUACAGUCUUGCUUAUUGUAACGCUGAAGAUACAGGUUCAGAUCCCAACGAGUUCACCUUAGCUAACAAAAUAUAUCAGGAUGGGGUCGAUUCAGAUCAAUCACAACCUUUUGCAACUUAUUUUAAUUUAAAUAACGAUCUAAAAGAUAGCAAUCCAAGCUAUUCAAAUGUCUGCAGUGUCGAAUCUUCACUUGGGAACGGACUUCAAGUAGAUAUAAACCCGCC